AUGGCCGACACCGAUGCAAAGCGUGGCAAGAUUAACGAACUACUGGACCAUAUCGAAUCCCGACUGAACGAGCUAGAGGAGAAGGAAGAGCUGAAGAAAUUUCAGGAGAAGGACAAAGAGCGGCGAUGUCUAGAGUACGCCCUCUAUCAACGAGAACUGGAGCAAGUGGCGGAAACUCUGCUUGAAGUGGAGGAGGACCGACGGGCGGAUGUUCAUGGAGCGAAUGUACAGCGGGAGAAGUACAACGAACGCCAGAAAGAGAUUCAGGAUCUCAAGGAAUCCAUCGCGGACACCCGACACUCUCUGGAAGCCGUAGCCCAGGGCAGACGCGACACCCAAGCCGAGCUGACCGACUUCAUCCGCUCGCGUACAGAACGAGAGUGCAUCGUCGAAGACUUACGUAUGGCAACAAAGAGCACAGGGGGAAGACGCGAAGACUUUGAGGCCGAGCUGCAGCAGCUGGAAACAAAGACCACGGAGAAGGAGGCACCCGACGCGAGGCUCGACGCCCUCUUCGCCAAGCAAGGUCGUGCCACUCGAUUCCGCACGAAAUCUGAGCGAGAUACGUUCUUACGCCAUGGAAUUGCCUCGGUAACGGCCUACAAGACGGACAGAGACACAGCAUUGGAGAGCACGAACGCCGACCUGGUCACUGCGCGGAGGUCGUUGGGUGAGCUGAAGACGUUAGCUAGGGACGGCAAAGGCAAGGUCGAGGAUGGGCGGCGGAGAGCGAAAGAGCCGUCGGAAGAGAGCACAAAGAAGGAGGAGGAACAAGCCGAUCUCGUCGAGAAGAGGAAGGAGCUAUGGAGAGAGGACACGAAGCUCGACAGCCCCGUCAGCCGAGCUGCUGAUGAGCUGAAAACUGCAGAGAGCAACCUCGCCGGCAUGAUGGACAAGCACAUGGAGCAAGCACUCAAGGCAGUGGAUAGCAUCGCAGAGAGGUACAACCCAGGAGGGGUAUGUGAUCCACUGUACCGACCCUUCGAGGUUGUCGACCCCAAGUUGAACAUGGCCGUUGAGCUUACAGCAGGCAACAGCCUGUUCCACGUCGUCGUCGAUACCGCCUCCAAAGCCCUUGACGUCAUGCUCAAAGAGAAAAACGAUCGCGUCACGUCCAUGCCCCUCAACCGUCUCAAGAACCCGCCAGCACCCAACUCGCAGGACGUCAAGCCGCUCAUCGACCAGCUCCGCUUUGGCCGCAAGUACGAGAAGCAGGUGUUCGGCAAGACCUGCGUCUGCCGAGAUCUCUCCAUCACUGCCGCCUACGUGAAGAGUCACAGCAUCAACACGAUCACCCUCGACGGCGACAAAGUCGACCGCAAGGGUGCUCUGACGGGUGGCUAUCACGACGUACGGCGGUCGCGCAUCGAGGCAAUCAAGUCCGUCCGGACGUGGCGAGCGAAGUACGACGCGGAGAAGACGCGAUCUCAGGAAGUGAAGGACUCAAUCCGGACUCUGGAGGGAGACCACACAGAGAAGGAGAUUGCACGGCUGGAGACGGAGGAGGAGGAGCUAGAGACGGAGCUGAGAAGUCUCGACGCGAAGAUUAUGUCGUAUUCGAGCGAGCUGGGAACACCUCUCACCAAUACGAUAACAGCUGAGGAAGAGGCCUUGAUCGUCAGCCUCGGCAAGGAAACUGAGAGGAGAAGGAAGGAGAUGCUCGAAUUGAGCAGGAGUAAGAAUGAGCUGGAGGGCCGGAAAAAUACCCUCGAGAUCGAGCUCAAGGAACGCCUGCAGCGCCAACGAGAAGAAGUUAAGCUCAAACUUGAGACGCUGGAGGAACUGAGCGACGACUCGACAUCAGCCAACGACCUGGAAGCGAGAACCAGGGAACUUCGAACGUUGAACAAUUUCAUCUGA